GUCAUGUAUCAUUUUCUGUGUUCACUAUUCACUCUCACUCCCGUUAAUAUGUAGCAGCAUCUCAAGUGAAGGCUCUAUGAAGUGAAGCUGCUAUUUUGAGACUUGUCACUUACCUGCAGCAUGGUCAUCGUGCUUACCCGUACCUUCCACGGAUUAGUCUUGGGGGUAAACAAACACUCCUCCUACCGUGUGAAACCUGCAUCUUGUCUCCCAUCAACUAUACCCCUUUUUCCAUUCGCAUAUACACAAAUAACACAACAGACAAAAUGCCGCGCAGCGUCUCUGAGAGUGCAACCCAUCUAGGCGACGUGAAGCUAAUCAAGCGUGAAGACAGUGAGUUGAAAGAAGGCGAGAUUGGUCACUCCUCGCCUUCAGUACUCGUGAAUGAUUUUGACCGCAUAAGUGUCGCCCCAGGCGGUAGUGCGCUGCAUACUCAACUUCAACUUGCUUCUUACGAGUACGAAACGCUUAAGCAGCGCUAUCGAAAGCUUUCAACAAGGCAUGAGGAGCUGAGUAAGCUUUGUUCGGCAUACAGAGAUGUCAUCUGCGGCUUCUCGACUGGCGAAGAGCAAGCAGCUAGCAUUAAGCAACUACGUGCUGAGGCUGGCCGCAGGGGCAUGCGCGCCAAAGCCCUCGAAGCUGAUGUGCUUAAGCCAAUCAUCCGAGAAGCAGGAGGACUGCAAGCGCUCGUGUCGCAAAUGCAGUCUAUUCGGUCACUGAUCGAGAGGGUCGGUGGCCUUCCGGAGCUUGAAGAGCUGGUCUCGGAUGUGAACUUAUUCCGCAUUGGCUUAGAUGAGGUCGGGAGCCUCCAAGGUCUAUACAGCCUCAUCGCCGAAGUUAAGAAUUUACGAGAGCAGCAGCUCGCGUUUCGAGAGACGAAAGCCAGGAUCGAUGGUCCCGAUGGACUCGCUGUAAAGGCGGCAAAGUAUGACAGGCUUGUGCAGGCUUUCAGUGCUGUCCAAGCUACAGAGGAACACACCGCUCCAGCUAGGACCGCAACGAUUAACCCUGCACGAGCGACUCUCAUUGCUUCUGUACCACUCGAUAUGGACCCAUAUCGUGAUCUGUAUGAAGCUCCUCGGGUCGGGAAGCCACGUAACAAAACCGGUUCAAACAAUAUCCCUUUGGGACCUGCACGCGUACACGGACGAACAGCCAGUCAGAUUGAUGAACAACCAUCGUUAAAGCGAGAACCGCUAGAAAAUAUGGAGGAAAUCAUCAGCAAGCGCCCUCGAGUCGACCUUGAACGUUUCUCCACUCAGAUAAAAAGGUCCAUGCCAUCGUUUCAUAUACAAAAGCCAUCAUAUGAUCGUCACAAGCAGCCACCUGAACAUGAAGUACCACGUUCUCAAUCAAAACCGACAGUCAAACUAAAUGACCUCUGCAGUACGGAGGUACAAAGUCCUUGUGCAAAAAAUCAACAGUCUGGUGUUUCGCCCCUCUUAGCUGUCGCUGCUGAGAGCAUUAAUCUACCCAAAUCUAUGAUAGUCGACCGUUACCCGAUUGCCCUUUGGACAGGUGACGCUGACCCUCAUGCUCCGGAACGGCCUGGACAGAUGAAAAAGAGCGGUGAUAUUCCUGGGAAGCUAGGCAAGUUUCUGGCCAGUGAGCUUUCCAAAUACAUCACCGGUGCGGUCGGUCAGCUCUUCGACACGAUGCCGCCGAACCGGGACACAUGCAUACUCCGAUACAUUCUGGAUAGUCAUAGAUCUUCAGGGCAACCGCAGGCGCGCAAGGCUUGCCCUUUGUGCUCAUCAACAUGGGUUAGGCAUCACCGUCCAUGCGCUUUGCUCCUCGAGGUCGAUGGUAUUCGCACCGUGGUAUUCAUGCCACUUCCUGGUAGGCCUGGUGAGCAUACACACUGGACCGAGAAGAACCACUGGGUAAAGGGUACUGAAUAG